AGUACGGGUUUGUGAACCACGCCCUAGAGCUGUUGGUGCUGAGAAAGUUCGGCGCCGAGACCUGGGAACAGAUCAAGCGCGAAGCUGAGAUCGAAAUGGAGGGCCAGUUUCUGGUUCGCCUGGUCUACGAUGACGAAAUCACGUACAGCCUGGUCCUGGCCGCAGAGAAAGUACUCGACACCCCAGCGGAGGAGAUCCUGGAGAUGUUCGGACGCAUGUUCUUCGACUUCUGCCAGGAGUCCGGCUACGACAAGAUCCUGCAGGUUCUGGGAGCCACCCCGAGGGACUUCCUACAGAACCUGGACGCGCUCCACGACCACCUGGCAACCAUCUACCCGGGCAUGCGCGCGCCCUCGUUCCGUUGCACCGAGAGGCCCGAGGACGGCACCCUCGUGCUCCACUACUACUCGGAACGGGAGGGCCUCGAACCCAUCGUCAUCGGCAUUGUUAAGGCCGUGGCUAGCAAGCUUCACCACACGGAGGUCCAAGUGGAGCAGAUCAUGGGCAAGGAAGAUGGACUAGACCACGUUCAGUUCGCCAUCCGCGAAACGGGCCAACGGGUCCGCACUCCGGAACCCGAACUCGAAGACUUCCUGGACGCCGCAUCGCUACAGGAGAAAAAACUGAGUCCAGCCACCUUCUGCCGGGCCUUCCCGUUCCACGUCAUGUUCGACCGCAACCUUGCCGUGGUCCAGGCCGGGACGUCGGUGGCCCGUGUCCUGCCGACCUUGACCCAAGAAAACAGCCGCAUCUCCGACCUGAUGGAACUGGUCCGACCUCACAUGGAGCUGACUUUCGACAACAUACUGGCGCACAUCAACACCGUUUAUGUCCUGCGCACGCGGGUGGCUGCGGGUCAGCCGGGGGACCGCGCCACCAGGAUGAGGCUCAAGGGCCAGAUGCUGUACGUGCCCGAGACAGAGCUGAUGCUCUUCCUGUGCUCGCCGAGCGUGCUCAACCUGGACGACCUCAACCGGCGGGGUCUCUACCUGAGCGACAUCCCUCUGCACGACGCCACGCGAGACCUCGUGUUGCUCUCCGAGCAGUUUGAGGCGGAGUACAAGCUCACCAAGAACCUGGAGAUUCUGACGGACAAGCUGCAGCAGACUUACCGCGAGCUGGAGGACGAAAAGAAGAAGACCGACAGGCUCCUCUACUCGAUCCUGCCACCGUCUGUGGCCAAUGAGCUGCGCCACCAUCGUCCGGUAGCGGCCAAGAAGUACGACUGCGUCACCAUCCUAUUCAGCGGCAUCGUGGGCUUCAGCGCCUACUGCGCCCAGCACUCUGACUCCAAGGGUGCCAUGAAGAUCGUGAAGCUGCUGAACGACAUCUACACCACCUUUGACGUGCUCACCGACCCCAAAAAGAAUCCAAACGUCUACAAGGUGGAGACAAUAGGUGACAAGUACAUGGCGGUAAGCGGAUUACCGGAACCCUGCGAGAGCCACGCGCGCUGCAUCGGCCGCUUGGCACUCGACAUCAUGGACCUCUGCAAGCAGGUCAAGAUGAACGAGGACCAGAGUGUGCAAGUGACCAUCGGCAUCCAUUCUGGAGAGGUGGUCACCGGGGUGAUCGGAAAGCGUAUGCCUCGCUACUGCCUCUUCGGAAACACGGUCAACCUCACCAGCAGGACGGAGACGACGGGUGAACAGGGGCGCAUCAACGUCUCCCAGGAUGCUUACAGGUGUCUUCAGCAGCCCCAAAACCAGGACCCGACAUUCAAGUUCGACUAUCGCGGCCUGGUGACCAUGAAGGGCAAGAAGGAACCGAUGAAGGUGUGGUUCCUAUCCAGGAACAAUGUCGACGCCACUGCAGCCUGAAGCUUCACUUCACCGAGGGUCGAUGCCGUUUUCUUUUUCCCAUUCACCCGCGCCAUCGAUUGUA